AUGGCUGCGCACGCGGUUGUCGCGUCGCCAAUCCAAGCGCGCUCGCCCUACGCCGUCAAGGAGACGCACUUUGCGCCACGCGAGUGGACCAAGCUCGACCGUGCCAAUGGCAACAAGUUGGUGCAAUUGCAAAUUGGCCUCAAGCAGGGCAAUAUGGAUGGGUUGCUUAAGCAUCUUGACCAAGUCUCGGACCCGGACCAUGCGCGCUAUGGAGCCCAUUUGAGCGCCGACGAGGUCGACGAAAUGGUCCGACCCGCCAAGGAGACUUGCGAUCAGGUCGAAGACUGGCUGCGCGAAGCCGGCGUCGGCGACGUCAGCUACAACACGGCCAAGGACUGGAUCACUGUCAACCUGCCCAUUGACUUCGUGGAGAAGCUCCUCGACACCGAGUACCACGACUACAAGCACGAGGAUGGGUCCAUCAUCUCUCGCACCACGCACUGGUCCCUCCCUCGCCACCUGCACGGGCAUAUUGAUGUCAUCCAGCCGACUACUUCCUUCUUCCGUGGAGCCGCCAACGCUGCCACCUAUGUCAAGACCAUCGACAAGGUGCACGAGGAGGUUGCCAGCUUGAGCUUGGCCAACGGCCAAUACGAACCCACCGAGAUCUCAAAAGUGUGCAACGUCAGCUCAGUCACGCCAGAGUGCUUCCAGACCCUCUACAAGACUAAGGGAUACAAGACCAAGGCCGCGCACAAGAAUAGCGUCGGCUUCACCAACUACCUUGAGGAAGUGCCCAUCAGGCCCGACACCGAGCUGUUCCUGAAGAAGUACCGCCCUGAAGCCGUGUCUUCGGCGAAGGACUUCAAGACUUACUCCAUCAACGGCGGUCCCUUGAACGAUGGGCCUUUGACCGAACAGGAGCUUGCCGACGACAAGAGCCACGAGGCCAAUCUCGAUGUCCAGGCCAUUGCUGGAAUCAGCUACAAGACUCCCAUUGUCAGUUACUCUACCGGCGGCCGUCCUCCGUUCAUCCCGGACCUUACUGUGGUGGAGAACGAUAGCGAGCCGUACCUCGUCUGGGUCAACUGGCUUCUCCAGCAGCGCUCUAUCCCCAACAUCAUCAGCACCUCGUACGGUGAACCUGAGCAGACCGUACCCCGCAGCUACGCCGAGCGCGUGUGCAAGCAGUUCGCCGCCGUUGGAGCUCGUGGCACCACUCUAUUCUUUUCCUCCGGGGAUAGGGGCCUCGGAGGAACCAACAAGUGCUACAGCAACGACGGAAAGAACACCUACAAGUUCCUUCCUGCCUUCCCUGCGUCCUGCCCUUAUGUCACGACUGUCGGCGCCACCAAGAACUUUGAGCCAGAGGAGUCUGCGUACCGCGCUGCGCGCAACGUCUCUGGCGUCUUCCGCGACUUGUACUCCAGUGGCAGUGGCUUCAGCGAGUACUUCAAGCAGCCCACUUGGCAAAAGGAUGCGGUCCCCAAGUAUGUUAAGAGCAUUGGGGACCUCUACAAGGGCCUUUACAACCCCCGCGGCCGCGGCUACCCGGACCUCGCCGCGCAGGGUCUCUACUUCGCAUACUUCUGGAAUGGCACUGAAGGCACCAUCAGCGGUACUUCGGCGUCGACACCGCUCACUGCUGGCAUCUUUGCCCUCGUGAACGACGCCCUCAUCGCGUCGGGCAAGCCUACGCUGGGUUACCUCAACCCGUGGCUGUACAAGAAGGGCUACAAGGGACUGACUGACAUUACUAUCGGUUUCAGCUACGGCUGCAAUGUCCAGGGCUUCCCAGUGACGAAAGGCUGGGACCCGAUCACCGGCUUCGGUACCCCAAUCUUCCCAGAGCUCGUGAAGUUGGCUGGGGGCAAGGGUGUAGGUUAUUAG